AUGACGGGUUUGCGAAACAAUGGUCUCAAUGUAGACGACCUCUUCCAGUGCUCCCGACACGACGAGUCACAACCGAUUGUCCAGGAGCUGCAAAAGCACUGGAAUAAUGAACGUCAAAAAAAGUCAUCGAAAUUCUGGAGGGCAUUAGUUAUGGCAUUCGGGAAGUACUAUAUACCGCCCCUCACUUUAUUAAUAUUGGGGGAAUGCGUUUGUCGUAUAUGUCAGCCCCUGCUACUAGGCAUAGUGAUAGAUCAUUUUAACAAGGUAGAAAAUCGCACCUUCAAGCAAGCAUGCAUGGCCGCCGGGGGAGUAUGUUUUUGUACGGCCUUGUUCAUAUUGCUACACCAUUCGGCCACCAUUAUAGUCAUGCGAAUGGGUAUGAGAUUACGCGCC